UGGUCGAGAGUUAGUGAACAGAUGUCAACAAACAGUGGCCGUCCACCAGAGGCCCGAGCUAUAGGGGGACACUUAGAAGGUUGUUAUCAGGACACGAGAGACAUCUUAGCUGUACAACAUUCAUAGGUCAAUAACACAGAAAGUCACCAUCUUCACUUACUAGCUACUGAAACUUCAUCAGAUUAUCAAAAUGGCAGCACCAGACCUAGCAUCUGAAAUUGAACAAAGAGUAAUUCAGUUAUGUGGAGAAUUCAAACAAGGCAUUACAUAUCAGAUAAUCCAGAAUGACAUGCCUGAGCUGAAACUUGCACAGAUUGUGGAUGUCAUCAACAAACUCUUGGCAAAUAGUCGUGUUGACAUGCUGAAGAAAGAUGACGAUGUGUUAGUGUUCAAGUUACGUGAUCCAGGUAGUCUACAUCGGAUCAAAGGAGCUGAACCAGAAGAACAGGUUGUGUACAAGAUAAUAGAAGAGUGUGGAACACAAGGUAUCUGGGCAAGGGAAAUACGUGCCAAAAGUAACCUCCACCUCAACACUGUUGAGAAGGUUCUACGAAAACUCGAAAGCAAGAAAUUGAUCAAAAGUUUUAAUUCAGUUGCGGCACCCAAGAAAAAGACUUACCUUCUCUACAACCUUGAACCUGACCGCUCACUGACUGGUGGGGCUUGGUACUCUGACCAGCACUUUGAUUCUGAGUUUGUUGAUAUAUUAAACCAACAGUGCUGGAGAUUUCUUGAACAAAGAACAGUGAGAGCAAGACAGGUAGCUGGUGGUCCAAUUGCUGUUCGUAAUGCAUCAUAUGUUGCUUCCAAGGAGGUCCUCAGACACAUCACAGAACUGGGCAUUACAAAGGUACAGCUAAGCAUAGAUGAUAUUGAAACCAUUCUAGAAACAUUAGUGUUUGAUGGGAAAGCAGAGCAGUCCAUAGCAGCCGAGGGAACCCAGGGAGUCAAGCUGUACCGUGCUGUCACAUCUUUCUUACCCACACCUGCCCUCAUGAUGAUUCCGUGUGGGGUCUGUCCACUCAUCAAAGAAUGUGAUGAUGUGGGUAACGUGACGCCUGUCAAGUGUAGGUACAUGAAGGAGUGGCUAGAAUGGUGAAUGCCCUGGCUCAAGGAUACACUGAUGAUUUGCUAGGUGGUGUAUUAGAUAAAGGUUUUGUGUGUGUGUGUGUGUGGGAGAAUGUGUUCAUGGUAGACCCAUAGUUUUCACUUGUUAUUACAGUACUGAUAUAAAAACAAUUACUGCACAGCAUCCAGAUAUAUAUUGAAUAGUUUUCUCAUACAAUAUGUCAUCAUAUUUGAUGCUAUUCUGUUACUAGGAAAAAAAAAGGAUCUCCAUAAAUUAAUGGUGAAUGUUUAUUUGCUUAGCAUUACUGUAUUGUGUACAGUAUACCCAAUAUGUAUAUAAAUAAACAGUAUAUUAUUCGAAUG